AUGAAAGUCGACCACCUCAAAGUACGCCCAAGAAAAGUGAAGAAUGCUGCUCCGUGCGCCUUGCAGCUUGCCACCAUGUUGAACUGCUGGGCGAGCAAAAAUGAUUUCCGAUCAAUCGGACCAUGUGCAGACGCCGCUCAAAGUCUAAGAUUGUGCAUGGGAGGAAUGGCUGGGGGCCGUGUGAAACCUCACAAACCAACGAUAAAUUACCAUCUUGCUCGCCUUGGGAAGCAAAUAUGA